CUCUUCUAGUAGGAUAGCUAAGUAUCACCUCUUGUAGGCUGAUCAGAUGUUACCUGUAGCAGACGGAUCUCGAGACUUCUCUUCCAGUAGGAUGGCUAAGUAUCACCUCUUGUAGGCUGAUCAGAUGUUACCUGUAGCAGGCGGAUCUCGAGACUCCUCUUCUAGUAGGAUGGCUAAGUAUCACCUCUUGCAGGCUGGUCAAAUGUCACCUGAAGUAAGGAGACUGAGUAUCUCCUCCCUACAACGAGCUUGGUUUCUAGAUAAAUAUAUUGUUGAGGAUAGUAUUCCAAGGCUUCUCAUUCUGCUCAUAUUGGUCGCAUCUUAUUACCUAUCAGAGUAGCGCUAACAAUUGUCUUUGCAGGUGUCCCAUCUUCAAUACAUUAUAACAACAGGACGCUAUGGCUUCUCGGACGUUCGGCUGUACAGAGGUGCCCGUAGUUAUUAAAUGGGUGGAUGCUGGACAAUACAGCUAUAUUGGCACACGAAUUCAAAAUCUACGAAUGAAUAUACACCUCGGCACGCACGAAAGUCCCAAAUUGCUCUUUUGGUUCACAGUAACAGUUGGAGUUACAGCGAGCCCUGAAUCCUCUACGAUACGUACAAAGUUGCUCUACUUCGUUAUCCAAGCUAGUUUGCUUGGUUACAACGAGAAUAAUACAUGUCUCUCAUUAGAGACUCCAAACUCUGAUUGUUCUCCCGACACUAGCGCUGCUAUACGAGAGGCUGGCAUAUGUUCCGACUAUGCCUCUGUUUCCCGAAUAUGCUUUCAGCUCCACAAUCAUGGCACAGUGUUCAUGCCUCCUACUGAGAAGCAUGCCUUUACCCCUGCAUCGGAUAAUGUAUUACAACUAUUGGCUAGUAUGGAGUCCCUCUCCCAGGCUAAGCAAUUCUGGGUAUAUACAUCGCUUGAAGGUUCGCUUCUUACGAAUAUUUGGAAAAGGAUCGAUCGAAUACGUAAGGGAACUUUUACAGGCGACUUUACGACUCAGAGUGUAUAUAAACGUGGUAUGGUGUGCGACAAAUGGACGAAUUUCAAUCAAUUUGUGAGACAGGAAACCCCGGCAAAACAUAAAAGCAAUCUUCAUGGUGUAAAGCAUAACUCCGACGCUCUACCGCUAUAUACCAGUGAAUGUCAGGGUGCUGGAGUGGAAUACACAGAUGAUGAUCGAAUACACGAAUCUAGUAGAAUCUCUGGCAAACAUUCAUCUUCCCAUGAUCUUGAUCAACAGCUUGUAGAUACAGAGUCCGAUGAAGAAUUGUCUAUAGGGCGGAAACGCAAAUACAACAAGAUAUCUUCCGAUACCCUAGGCAACCUGAAGAACUUCAAUAGUGCUAGUAUACUUGAUUCUAAUAAACCGUGCUUAGAUCGACAAAGCUCUAGAGUUCGGUUUGCCAAGGUUCGUAGCGAAGUUCCGGGCUAUCUUGAAAAGCAAUUGGCUACCUUUAUGCGUUGGGUGUUAGAGAUCGACUUACACUUGGAGAAGGAUUGUGAGCAGAUCUUCUCAGAUCUUGGCGGGGCAGUAUCUUGUGGAGACAUAACUAGAUUUAACGAAAUCAAGACAGAUUGCAUGGCGAAUAUUUACAUUACAUAUGCUAAGAGAGGAUCUAGAUGGGUUUUAAGGAAUACUAUCUGAAAAAGACAUUGCUACAACUCUAGUUUGAGCUAUAGUUAUAGUAUUUUCGAUACAAACAAUAACACUUUGUCUCAAAAGAACUAUAAGAGCAGGAUACAAUUUAUUCUCAGAAUUUAUAACUAUAGAAUUGAGAGCCUAAUGUUUACAGAUAGACAGAGUCCUCAAGUAAUCCCACAUCUAUACUAUAAUGGAUAAUGGUAUAUCGAUAGAUCUAUAGUAGUUUUGCUUGUGUAGAUGAUGGCCCAAUUUUUGACGAUUUUAUCCACGUUUCGCUUUUCAUGUGAAAUUGAUGUGGUUCGAUGUCCAUCUGUUUAUUCACUUGACUUAAAUUGUAUAUUACAAACUUUCCUCAGCUUGCCAUCUGGCUUCUGGUCCCUUGAAUACUCAGCUCCCCAAGUGCCUUUGAGGCAGAAGCUGGAGAUGAAGAUUUCAGAUACCCGCCAUCGCAGAGAGCAGUUCUCAUAGCUUGAUAGAUCAUAGCUGGUUCGUUGGUCGGCAAGAUCCUUUUCUCGAUGUGGAGACUAUCAUGAUAACAUUUAUAAGGGUUCUCAACUUCUGCAAAUAUGUGUAUGGAAUGUCGGUUGGGUACUGUACAAGCUUCGUUAUUGUUCGCUUCGCAGGGCGCUGAUCAUUGCAGAAUUGAGACUUGCUGUGAUCGAUCGAGGAAUACUGAUUUUUGUGUCUGAUUCAUGAUGGGAAACAAUCCUUGGAAAAAGAUAGUAUGCCUGAUGAAAUUUUGAUCCUUGCAGACCACAUCUCCUUCUUAGUUGUCUCCUUCUUAAUUGAGCCAGUGAUCAGAUUGGCGAUGUAAACCGGGUUGAUAGCCAACCCUUAUUUGCUUUUGAUUUCUUUGGUAGUAACGGUCCCCUUCUUUCUAGAUUUGUAUCGUUCUCGUCGGGCAGCAGAUGUCCGUCUACUUGUGAUCAGUGUACGUCCACAUCGGAAUACCUGGAUGCUCCAUAUAUGUAGGUUAAUGCCGGGCGAGUAUAGGAGCAGGGGCCAGAGCGAUGUGACGAUUCGCAUACUGAGAGAACAGUGGACUCUCCACAACAAUCCAGUUUUUAUAAUUCUCCUGUUCUUGGACAAGUUCUCGAGUAUGCCACCAGUGGGUGCAUGGAUUGACGGGACACUUCCGAACUUUCGAAAUUUCUGAUAAUUUCAUCCUUCAAUUGUUUGAUAUCAAAAUUUAUGAUUUGAUUGUUUCAAAUCCAAUGAAUUGGUGUAACAACUUCCAGGAUAUCUGAUUCGAUAUAUCAAGAUAUAUUCACAAGUCCAUUUUUUUAGUGUCCCGUCAAUCCAUACACCCACUGGUGUGCUGGUCUCUUUUUUCUGCCCGAACGGGCUCUACUCCGUAGAUCCCAUACUGAUCCUAAUUAUUCUGGACUCUUAUCGGC